ACGGGAAGAAGAGAGGACCUUGUAGCGACUCGCUUGUGUAACAUCUAACAUAAUGUGUUUUCGUAACAUCAUUGGCAGUUGUUUGCCAUCCCAAAGUCAUUUAAACAUUUACCUAGCUGUUUACGGCUAUAAUAACACGUAGCUGUAUUAAUAGUUAUUUAACAGACAGUUAGCUGAUUUUAAUUUUUUAAAGAGAUGUUUCCUAAAGUGAUGGUCGUCUUGACCACGGGUUUGGUCAGGUUUACCAGGUGUGUAGAUUCAAAGACUGCGAGAUUGUUAAAGCCAGUCCUCUGCAAAAACCUACAUCGGACAGUCAGCACCGAGUCUGCGGGUGUCAGGGUGCUGUAUGAUGGACUAUGUCCCAUAUGUGUGACAGAGAUACGAUUCCUCCAGUUUCUACAGAAAAACCGGCCUGGUGUGGUACAUUUUAUCGAUAUCGCUAAGCCAGGCUACGAUGAGGCGAAAUACAAGGACGUGACUUAUGAGAUGGCCAUGGAGGAAAUGCAUGUGAUUGAUGAAAAAGAUGAGGUUCACCGUGGGGUUCCAGCAUUUGCGGUCAUGUAUGGCGCUGUGGGCCUCGGCUGGUUGGGUCGUUUUAUGAUGUGGUCACCUGUGCGGCCAUUCAUGGACAAAUCAUACGCCAUCUUUGCCAAAAAUCGAUUAAAGUGGACCGGACGUGGGGAUGAAUGCACAACAGGACGCUGUGAAAAGAAGAUUAAUUGACUCUCAAUUGCAGAAAUGUACAGCUCUGUGAAUAAGUACAUAGAUAAGACUUUAAAAAUAAAACAUAGUUGAUCCUGUAUAAUCACCUCUUUAUAAUAAUGAUCUAAAAUUCAAUUUAAUUUAAUGUGUGACCUCUUCACUAUACAAAUGUUGCUCAGUUUUUCUUUAUUUUGUUUGCAGUUUAACAGAAAAAAAAUGGUAAAACACACUGAUACAAGGAUUAAAAUGCCAUUUAUAAGACAUGGCAGCAACUUGCAAGAUAAAACGGCAAGCUGUUAUUAAAAGUUUUGUAUCUGAUGAAGGUGGUGUUCUCACAUUUGUUAUCUAAAAGAAUAUACCAGAAUGUACUGACAACCAUGAUGUUAAACGUUUUUUAACAAGCUAUUUUUUCAGAUUUUUUUUGGAUCAGCAAUUCAUCCUGGUCUUGUGAUCGUCUUCUCAGCCUGAUGAGUACUCUAUCAAAAUCGCUGGGAGACGACAAGCAAUCAGACAAAAGAAACUGUAAAUGCAGAAAAAGAUGGCGGUUCAGACAAAGAACCUGACUUUGAAAGACAGAGAGAAAACGUGCAUUACAUUAAGGGCUGUUUGGCAAAUAUAUUGCACAGAGAUAAGACAGAAAAUCACUGAAGCGAAAUACAGUCAAUUUCCUGUCGCACAGUAUCUCAGAUUGAGGUUCUUUCAAAAAGCAGAAAAAAAAAACAAACUUUCAAGGAGCUGCCACUAGAUGUCAUCAUAAGUCUAAAAUAAUAGCAGCAGUAGGAGAUGAGAGAAUUGUUCCUUAGAAACUGGGAAAUGUCAGCUGUGAUUGAUUAAGUCACUAACUUCUUUGUUUUUCUCAUUGCCACUCAGUAGAACAACUUGUUCUGUUUUAGAGCCUUUGCAGAUCAUUGAUUUAAAUGAUGCUUUGAAAGGGAUGUGCGUGGUCAGAUACAAACACUUCUAUCCUUAAUUUCAUACAAGCAUCUCUUCUAAGAGACGACAACAAUGCACUGCACUGCUCACAGACAACAGGAGUUAUUUCUAUUGGAUCUCAUGUUUACAAAAAUUUUCUGCUGUUUCGAGCACGUUCUUGUACUUUUAGUGUUGAGUAAUAAGGCAGGAAUAUUGUCAUUCCACAUUUCUUUUUAUUUUUAAUUAAAUAAAUACUGAGUUGAACUAUAAACCCUCUUCACUGUAUUUAAAUUCAA